UCCAACGUCUUCUUCCCGCUUACGAAGCCGGAAUAUUCUAUUCAACAUCGGCCGACGGAUUUACGAUUCCGACCACGAACAACGCCCUACCUGUUUCCUAUACUAGCUUAGCUUCUCGCAUCAGUGUAAGUAAGAGAAAAACUCUUAGCGAUACCGAUUAGGGAUUCAGAUCUCGGACGUUGCUUAGUGAGGGUAGGCAAUGGAGAAGGAUCUGUUAGAUAUCUCUGGAGAAGACGAAUCCAAUUGGCUUAUGAGAGACACGCCGUUUAAAGGCGUUGCGUCGUUUUCCGGUGGCCGGGAAAAGAGCUAUUUAGAUUGCUCGCCUCUCCAAAUCCCUAUAUCAAGCCGCGCCGUUCCUCCUCGUCCUCCUUUUUCUUCAAUUGGGAGAGUAACAGGCAACACCAGCAACGUGGAGCAGCCAAGCGCUUGUACUGAUACAGGCAGUGUAGGCAAGGAGAAUACCAGUGGGAGCAAAGUUGAAUUGAGUGUGGAGCGACAACAGAUGAAAAAGAAGAAAAAGAAUGCAGGAUUCAACUUGCGGAAAAGCUUAGCUUGGGAUAGAGCCUUUUCAACUGAAGAAGGUGUUUUGGAUUCCACUGAGCUAUCUAAAAUCACUGGAAACGCUUGUCUAGUUGGUGGAGAUAUGUUAUCUGCCAUUCAGGAGGAGGCAACGUCAGCUUCCAAAUUUACUAAUGUUUCACCAGGUCUACAAGCACUUGAAGAGAACCUGUUUAACGACUUGCCUGUGAAUAGUAAAAGGAGAGAGAAGAAGAUUGUGAUUGGCACUGUGCCCAAGUACUCAACACCAUCUAAAGCCCAAUCUUCUUCCAUGAAAAAAGUUUCAGCUCAGGAUUUGAGGAGCGGUUCCAAACGCAGUGGCUGUCCCCGGCCUCCUCCUUCAUCUUCCCUGAAAAGACCUGCAAAUGUGCAUACAACAACACCACGUAGCAGGGAGUCGAGCGUAUCUAAAGUUUCUAAGACUAAAUCUGAUCCAGUUUCAAACAACAUGACAAAGAUUACUCGAAGUCCCAGCAAACCGAAACUAAGUCAACCUACUCAGUCAAGUAAUUCUCAGAGGAGCUUAGGAUCUGUAAGCUUCUCGAAAGGCACUUCCAGCACAAAGAGUAAAACAAGUUCCAGCCUGGCGAGCAGAAGUUCAAUUCCGAAGCCCUCUCUUAAGCAAUCUAGAAGAAAUGUGAUCACCAAAACAUCAGGAGCUCCUUCAGCAUCCAAGUCACAGCAUUCUGUUGCUGGGAAGUCCAACGAUGGCCCUAUGACUACAUCAGAUAUGGAUAUGCUUGCUCAUGCAUCAAAUAUCGCCGACUCUGAUUUGACUAAUAUGGGCACCGCAUUAGCUCAAAAUAGUAGAGUUGGAAACACGCAGUCUGCAGUUUCCCGACUGGCAAAGCCAUCAGGUUUAAGACUGCCGUCACCGUCAAUUGGCUAUUUCGAUCAGUCUGGUUCUCAACCGUCACACAGCGCAGAAGAAAAACAUAAUCAGCUUCCAAAGUCUGAUAUUGGUUCAGCUUCUCGUUUUUCUUUGAUCCCUACCUCCAAAAAACCUCAAUUUUCUGAAAAAGUUCCCAGAGUUAACUCCAAGUCAGCAACUGGUAACAUCGGCAGUUCAGGUCCAGCUGCAGGUUUCUCUGCUCAAGAAAGGGUGAAAAUAGGCCUGAAAAGCACUCGGAAAAUAGAAUCUGAAGUGUCGUCUUGUUCAAAGGGUUCCCAGAUAAAUGAAAGCCUGCAGCAUCCAUGUAUCGUUAUAGGUGAUAUUUGUACAUCUGAGAACAUCUCUACAGCAAAAUGCGAAGAUUUUCAGAGUAGCAGUAAGCUGCCGGUCAGUAGAAUGUCUGAUAAUAAUACGGAUGAGCAAAGGAAGACUCUCUGCUCAGUAGAAGGUCCAUUUAUCAAAGGUUCCAUGGAUUCUCCGGUGCAGGGUCCUUCUGGCCCUUCUGGCGAUGAGUUACCACGGUUGCAAGUCCGCAAUCAAGAGGAAGAUGUAUGUACUAUGAACGCUUUCAAUGAAGACUUAGAUACAUUGGAUGUACAUGGAAAACCACAAAAGGAAUGCGUGCACCCUGGAGAUGAAGACGAGAUGAGUCAUUUCCUUUCUGGAGAAAACAAUGUGCUAAUUAUCAACCAUUCUACUGAAAAUGUAGCAAAGCAGUCUGAGGUUUUAGAUUCCCUCACUUCAGAUCCAGGGCCUGCUGACGCACCAGAUUGUGUUCAAUCAUCAUGCAGCCGUUUUGAGGAAAAUGCAGUGUUGGACUCUCUUCCGUGUGGUCAUAACAUAGAGUGUGAUGGUCAGGCUGUAGUAGAAACGGAAAAGGGAAUUGAAGUAAGCGAUAGCACAGAGACAAACUGUGAGGCUGAUUUCGUUGGUCCAUUUUCCGAUUGCAAAGACUGGUCUAGAGAAUCUGAAGAACAGCACUUCUCGUGCCAAUUAGCCCUUGAAGGGAAAGAGGGCAGUCGUGAGAUAGAUGUCUUGCCUAGAAAAGAAAGAGCAGAUACAGAUGAUGUCGCUGAUAUGCAGAUAGAUUACUUAACCGGUUCUUCUGCAGAUGAACAAAACAUCGAACAAGUGAACUUACUAAUGCGUACCUCCGCUGAAGUUAAGAUGGAGGAUAAAUCUCUGGAAUCAUCUCAUGAAACCUGCUCUGAGAAACUAACUUCUGAAAAGCAUAUUCAGUAUAACUGUUCCAGAGCUGCAGAUACAUCUGAUGUAAAGGAUGUUUAUGUAAUGAAGCAGACCGAUCAACUUGAAACAUCAGAUCGUUGCUGUCCAGCAAAAGAUGUAUCUGCCACAGUGUUCUCUUAUUCAAAUGAGGAGCUUGAAGAUAACUCAGAGCUGGAAGACAUGGAUCUGGUUACUGAGUCAGAUAGCUCAGAUGAGGAGCCUGAUGGUAAUUUGAAUCUGAAACAGGUGAAUCUGGUUACUGAGUUAGAAUUCAUUAGUGACCUCGAUGAGUUUCCUAUCAAGGGCAUUCCUGAUCAAGAAUAUCUGGAACUAGAAGCUAUCCAUACUGCAAUGGACCAGUGUGGAAAACCUAAAACUCUACUAAGUGAAUCAAUUGGUUCCCCGGCUUCUUUAUCUGGAGAUCCUGAGAGUCUAAAUCAGGACACCGUUUUUUCCAGAAGCUCCGAAGGCAGGUCGAGCCAGGAUUCAAAUUCUGGAUGUAUUGUGUAUAACUAUGUUGGAAAAGCUGAAGGCCAGACAGAUACUGAAAAGGAUUUCAGUACUUGGGUUACUGGUCAAGAAUUAGCCUCUCAUGAAGAAUGUGAGGUUCAAGUUACAAAGAUCUCUCGUGAUCCUGUAGAAUAUUUGACCAGAGAGGAGGAAUCAGGAGCUCCGAUAUUCAUGAAAGAGGCAUUCUCAGCCAGAGAUGAUAUGCAGCCUGACGAGUUUACUGUCCUGAGUGAUGACACUUUGCCAUCAGAAAGUGGAAAGGAUUCCAGUGCUCAGGUUACUGAUCAGGAACUCGGCUCUUAUGGAGAUGUGGAAGUUCAAGUUAUAAAGAUCUCUCCUGAUCCUGUAGUAUACGUGACCAGAGAGGAGGAACCAAGGACUCCUAUGACCACGAACGAGGCUUUCUCAGUCAGAGAUGAUAUCCAGCCUGACGAUGACAAUUUGACAUCAGAAAGCAAUGAAGUCCAUGCCUCUGGAAGCAGUAGCGAUCGUACAUAUUUAUCAGAAGGCAAGGAUAAGACCGUACCAAUGGAUGCUAAGUCUGAGAAGAAACCUGAUCCUAUUAUUGUAAAGCCUCCAAAUGCUGUUCCAUUUUCUGACGAAUGGUUAGCUGCAAUUGAGGCGGCUGGGGAGGAAAUCUUAACUCUGAAAAGUGGACGUGUACAACAUUCACCAACCGACAAGACUGUUCCUGAACCAGGUCCAUGGUCUCCGGUGAAGAAGAAGAACAACCAAGGAGUAGGACCAUUUGACUGUACAAAGUAUACAAACAAAGGUCUUCCUCCUACUUUAGAUUGAAAACUUGGUUUCUUCUAUCUUAAUCAUUAUUUUCUUUGUCUUUUACCCCUUUUUAACCACUACUAGGAAAGUAAAACUUUGUUGAACACAAUCAGCUUUUUAUUGCAUGCUUAAGAAAUCAAAUGUGUACAAAGAACUUGCUGUUUUGUUCUUGUUUAGAGGCAUGAAUGACUUGUUCCAUAAUGGAUAAUUUUCUUAACAGUC